GUCGGCUCUAUGCUAUGCAGACGGGCAUGAAGCUGGACAGUAAAACACCAGAGUGCCGAAAGUUCCUGGUCAAGCUCAUGGACCAGCUGGAGUCGAUGAAGAAGGAGCUGGGUGACAAUGACUCCAUCAGUCAGGAGGUCGUUGGUAACGCCCACAUUGAAAACUACGCCUUAAAGAUGUUCCUCUACGCUGACAACGAGGACCGAGCAGGACGAUUCCACAAGAACAUGAUCAAGUCUUUCUACUCAUCCAGUCUGCUGCUGGAUGUCUUGUCUGUGUUCGGGGAGUUGUCAGAGGAGAACAUCCAGCACAGGAAGUAUGCCCGCUGGAAGGCCACCUACAUCCACAACUGUCUGAAGAAUGGAGAGACGCCUCAGGCUGGGCCCAUCGGCAUGGACGAGGACGAGGAAGCAGAUGAGUAUGGAGCUGAAGGUUUCUCAGGCCAAGGUUUCUCCCAGGGGGGUUCCUUCAGAGGCGGGGCGCCUUCUGAGUCCUUUAGGGACCAGGACCAGAGCUUGGGUCCGGGUUCCGCCCCAGGGAUUGGAUUUACUCCUAGCCCAGGAUCAGGGCCAUCGGGUCCCCCCACCACCAACUUCAACAACAUCCACAUCCCACCAGGGGCCCACGCACCAGCCAACACUCCAGCCGAGCUGCCUCCCCCCUCAGCAGAAGCAGCAAAACCAGUGCCUCUUCCCCGAUCAGUGCCCACUGUUGACCCCACACUGCUCAACGCCCAGCAGCAGGGCAGUGUUAAUCUCUCCCAAGAGGACUUUACCAAGGCCCAGAAGUACUGCAAGUACGCCGGCAGCGCCCUGCAGUACGAGGACGUCGGCACGGCCAUCCAGAACCUCCAGAAAGCCCUGAAGCUCCUCACCACCGGCAAAGAAUGAAGUCCUUUGUCCUCCUCCGAUCUGAUCCCUCCAUCCCUCCCAUCCCCCUCUUUCCUCCCCAGCAGCGCCGCUCUAUCUGUCACUGAUCUGGCCCGCAGCGAGCUCAGGACACACACACACAUACUGAGGCCAUCCUGUGAAGAGAGACGUUCAGCUCGCCGUCAGAGGACGUGAUGGAAAUCAGUCUGCAACAAUGGCUGCCCUUGUCUUACACUGUGUCGCACUGUGACGGACUGACGGACUGACUGACGGAGAAAAACCAGAUCAAAACCUCAUUACUGAUCACUAUUGGCUUAUUACACAUUCAUCAAUAUUGUCUCACACAGUGCACUAAAAAAAUACAACCAUUAAUCAAUAUCAAAAAAAAUCUCAACUCAAGGUCCACUUACUGGCUUUUUUUGUGUGAAACAGACUAUGCAUCUGGCCACUCUUCCAAACUGAAUUCCAGCAGUCCUGGAUCCGGUCGGGCCAAUCACAACCAUUUCUUUAAUGUGAGGCGGGUUUAAAACUAUUGGCGUGUCAGUGUUUCACAUUUGAGAAGUCAGACGUUUCACUGCUCUGAUUGGUUGGAGGUUUGUCCAAUUGCCUGUGGGACAACACAACAGGCUCAUAAGAUCCAGAACAAACUGUCAAACUAGGCAGUGCUGACCCAAAAUAAAUCAAGAUUUUGUGGCUGCAUUGAUUUUUUUCUCACCUAAAAUGUUUAAAACGUAUUUUUUACUGUAACGUUUGUGACCACCACUAAACGCACGUGUCGCCCAGCACUACGUCAAACAGUAGAUCUAUCGCCCCCGGGGAAACUGAAAAUUAACUGAGAGGCCAAGCUAACGGUCCGAGGUUCCAAAAAAGCAAGUAAGUGGACCUUUUAGUAAAGAUUAUUGUUUGUUAAACUUAUUUUUCCAAAGUCAAGAAUGAACUUUCACCCUGAAACAACUGAAAUCCUGAAAAUCAGCUGGUCUUCUGUUAAUGUCCAUCUCCUCCUCCUUUUUUGGAUUUAUUGAUUAGUGUCAAUUUAUUGAAGGAAAUCAACAACAGCUAAUGACCUUUGUCCGGAUUUCAUAAAAGAGCAAAUAUCCCUCAUGUUUGUAUUAUAUGCAGCAUGUUUGUGUCGGCUAAUUAAAAAAUAACUUGAGGUCAUUAGAAGAAGUGUAAUUACUACACAAUGUGACCUUUUCAUAGAUCAAAUAACCAGAUGGGAAUGUUGAAUUAAAUACCUGACACUUACUGAUUGCCAACAUUGAUCACAACAUUAAAGCGAUUAAUACCUGAGGACAGCACUGAGUAGGUGUUAGUGAAAUCAUUCAUUAAUAUCGUCUAAUGGUAUAAAUAAACAUAUUGGCAAAAUGUAUGAUAUAUUGUUCUAAAAUGGGCCCCAAAAAUUACAUUUUCAUUAGUCUCAAAUAAGUAGCUGUUUCACUGACUGGUUUCAUAUUCAGCUGGCUGCUUCCUGUCUUUAUGCUAAGCUAAUGUCACCUGGCUCUAGCUUUAGAUAGCAUGUUUCCAUUGAACCAUCCCUGUAGAAUGAUGGCUAACUGGUUAGCUGAACGUGAUACAUAACUGACUAGAACACUAAAAGACGACCGACGGACGGAGUUUUUAAGGAGACGAAAAGUAGUGAAAAUACAAUAUCUGACUGUUGACCUGAAGACUUUUCGCUGCUUUCUUUCAGCUGAGUUAGUCGAGACGGAACAAAUUCAUCUUCAUCUAUAAAAAUCUUAAAGGAAAAACUGAUCCUGGAAUUUGUAAAAACGCAGUAGAGAAUGUAUUUGCCGUCUGCGUUUGGCUUACACUUUGUGUCAUAGCUCGUUAGAAUUAAUGUAACUACAUGUUUUUGCUGUUUUACUAGAUGAAACUGUCUCGUUGUGUCGCAUCCGUUCAGUCUUUGUUCCAGAGCUCAGACGAUAACAAAUUAAUGUGGAGGAAAGAAACUUUACAAUCCAGUGAAUAAAACUGCUGAUGGGGUGUUGGAGAGUCAGCAGGGGGCGCUAAUCCACAGACAGUCCCCUGACUUUUGCUUUCUUAGAGACGGAGAUAUUUGACUUUUAACGUGUUGACGUAUCACUUUCUCUCUGUAUGUUGAUUAUUUCUGAGUGGGGGCUCUGAUUUCUUUUCUGGUUGAUAUUUAACAUUUAAAAGGUUGGUGGGACAUUAAAGGUUUUCACAAAAAUGCAGCGAGACGUUGAAAUCUGUCAGAAUCUGAGCGAUUAAAAACAAUUUGAAUAAAAUAUUUGAAAUGAUGGUAAA